UUGUAAUGCUAAAUUUAUCCAAAUAUUGUCCAAUGAAAUAAACUCAUCUAUAUGGAUGGUCAGAAGGUGAGUAAACUUUCCUUUUAGGAUAAACUAUUUCCUUUAAAGAAAAAAUAUGACACACUUCACCUUUAAGCAAUGUGAAAUAGUUAUUAUGGAUCAGUUUCUGUGACAGUUAUACAUUUGAAACCUUUUGGCUGUUUACAACUCCCUUUGUAUGCAACAGGUGCGACACAUUACAGUCUUUUUACUGUCUGUCGAGUCACUGAAUGUCGGACGAACAUUCCUGCAAUGCAUCUGGCCAUCAGUGGCUGUGGCACUAUGUGGGACUUCACAGUCGGGACGUUGGCGCUGUCUACCGUCUUUGUAGUGUCUCUGGCACAAGGACCCAUCUGGGACAGCUCACAUCUUCAGAGGUUAAACAAAACCGACAGGAACAGAAAGCUGGCUUACAACAGCCUCGUGGAUCCAAAGACCACAGGUGUAACCGAGUGGACAUCCUGGUUCAAUAUCGACCAUCCAGGAGGAAACGGUGACUACGAGAGGCUAGAAGCCAUCCGCUUCUACUACCGAGAAAGGGUCUGCUCACGACCUGUAGCCAUCGAGGCCCGUACCACGGACUGGGUUGCAGCCGCGGACACGGGGGAGGUGGUCCAUUCCAGUCUGGAAAAAGGCUUCUGGUGUAUCAAUAAGGAGCAGCCAUUUGGUCGCAUCUGUUCCAACUACCAUGUGCGAUUCCAGUGUCCACCAGUCCACUCGUACUGGACUGACUGGAGUGAAUGGACGCCUUGCUCUGCCACUGCCUGUAACGAUGUUGGCAUCCAAGUCCGUCAGAGGAAAUGCAUGAGCACACAACCUCUUCCACUGCUUCUUUCGCCUGUUUGUGUGGGACCCCACAUUGAACGAAGAGAGUGUUCAACCCCGCCAUGCGAAGCUGUGUGGAGCCAAUGGGGUUUGUGGAGUGCUUGCUCAGUGACCUGUGGGAAGGGCCGCAGAACAAGACGUAGGACAUGUCACAGAUCUUCUACUAAGAUUCAGUGUACAGGACGACCUGUGGAGGUCCAAAAGUGUGGAAAUCCAUGUCCAGUGGCAUGCAAACGUGUCUGUCCUGGUGGACGUCCCAGUAAGGACUGUAGCUACUGUAUCUGUGAUGGACAAAUACUACAUGGGGAGGUCUUCAGUGUUACAGGUGUCCCUGUGCCAAAUGCAACAGUGGCUCUGGCUAGCCAAGCCAAGGUUGUCCGUGCCCACACUGAUGCCAAGGGCCAGUUCAAGAUUGAUGGACUGUGCACCAGCCCACAGACCCGAGUGGUCAUAGAAAAGGAUAAAUUUGCACCCGUCACUCUCCCUGUUUCCAACAAUAGCACUGAUGAACUCUGGGUACGGGCCAUCUUACGAUCCUCAGAAAAGCCGUAUAUUGAGAAGCACCCAGAAGACAAAGUGCGUUAUGAGGGACAACGUGCAACCCUUUGCUGUAGAGCCACAGGAUCGCCAAAACCGGACAAAUAUUACUGGUAUCACAACGGAACCUUACUGAAUCGCACAAUAUACAAGUAUGAUGAAGAUCUGAUUUUGCGAGACCUGAAACCAGAGCAGUCAGGGCAAUAUCACUGCAAAGCAACUAGUCUGACAGGCAGCAUAAAGUCUAAUUCAGCUGUCCUCACUGUUUUCGCUAAAGGAACACCAGCAUGCAACUCGACACCUGGCGAUCACCUGAUAAAAUUGCCAUUAGACUGCAAGCAGCCUGGAACAGACUCCAAGUUUUACAAUGCAGGUCGCUGUCCACACAACAAAUGCCCUGGAUCGCUGGACUUUGACAUGCGUUGCAGGGAUGGAUCUGGCUUCUGCUGUGGGGUCAAACAAAUGAACGCUAGAAAGAUCAACUGUGGCCGUUACACUCUGCCUAUCAAAGUCGUUAGUGAGUGUGGCUGCCAGACUUGUGUGGAGCCCAAAAUUCUUGUACGGGGAAGGGUGGUGUCAGCAGACAAUGAUGAACCCCUGCGCUUUGGACAUAUUUACAUAGGGAAGGAACGGAUAGGUACAACAGGAUAUCAGGGUGGGUUCACAAUCCAGGUGUCUCCAGAUACACAGCGUUUUGUUGUAAACUUUGUUGACCCUUCUCAGAAGUUCAUUGAUACAAUCAAGGUUUUUAUCUUUGACAAGAGAGGAGGUUCUGUCUAUCAUGAUGUAAAAGUGAUGAGGAAGCAGGAACCUGUUGAUAUAAACGCUGCAGAAAGCAAUACCAUUUACCUAGGUGAAAUAAAAGAUGAGGACCCUAUUGGUCAACUGGUCAUACCUCCAAACUCUUUCCAUAAAAACACAGGGGAAGUGUACGAAGGGACUGUUAAGGCCAGCGUCACGUUCCUUGACCCUCGCAAUAUUACUAUGGCUGCUGCCGCUCCUGGCGAUCUCAACUUUGUAGACAAUGAAGGAGACAUGCUACCUCUUAGGACAUAUGGAAUGUUUUCAGUAGAUUUCCGAGAUGGAGCAAACCAGGAGGUUCUAGGAACUGGUGCUGUCCAGGUUCUCCUUGAUACAGAGCAUGUAAAAAUGCAGGAGCACAUCCCUGCUAUGAAACUCUGGUCCCUCAAUCCCGAUACAGGCAUUUGGGAGGAGGAGAGUAACUUUCAACCCACACAAACUACUAUUGCUGGCACCGGGAGGAACAAACGAGAGGAGCGCACCUUCCUGAUAGGGAAUAUGGAAAUCAGGGAGCGUAGGUUGUUCAAUCUCGAUGUACCUGAGAAUCGCCGGUGCUAUGUCAAAGUGAGGGCGUACAUGAGCGACAAGUUCCUGCCCAACGAGCAACUAGAAGGAGUGGUAAUAAACUUGAUAAACCUGGAGCCUAAGCCAGGCUACUCGUCAAAUCCGAGGGCUUGGGGACGCUUUGAUAGUGUGAUAACAGGACCAAACGGUGCUUGUCUUCCAGCUUUCUGUGAUGCUCAGAGGGCUGACGCAUACACGGCUUACGUCACAGCUAUAAUGGGAGGUGAGGAACUGGAAGCAGCCCCCUCAAUGCCAAAAAUGAAUCCAAACAUUAUUGGUGUGUCUCAGCCGUACUUAGGGAAGUUAGAUUACCAGCGCUCCGAUCAUGAGGAUCCAGCACUUAAGAAAACAGCUUUUCGAAUCAACCUAUCCAAACCAAACCCUAACAAUUUUGAUGAAACGAACGGACCAAUCUAUCCUUAUCAGAGUUUAAUUGCAUGUGAAAAUGCACCUGUUGAUGCCAACCACUUUCGUUUCUUCCGUGUCGAGAAAGAUAAAUAUGAGUACAAUGUGGUACCCUUUGAGGAGAGUGACCUCACGUCUUGGACUGGAGAUUAUCUUUCCUGGUGGCCAAAUCCACAAGAGUUCAGGGCUUGCUACAUCAAAGUUAAGAUUCAUGGAGCUACAGAAAUCAUGGUAAGGUCAAGAAACAUGGGUGGGACACAUCCUCAGACAAGAGGUCAGUUGUAUGGCAUUAGAGACAUUCGUAGUACCCGUGACUUACACCAUCCUAAUACCUCUGCUGCUUGUCUUGAGUUCAAGUGCAGCGGGAUGCUCUUUGAUCAAGGUAUUGUAGAUAGGUCACUAAUUUCUGUCAUCCCACAAGGAAACUGUCGUCGUCUAGGCAUCAAUGGUCUCCUCCAAGAGUAUCUGAUAAAGCAUCCCCCUGUUCUUCAGAACAAUGAAUCGCAUGCUUUCAAUAUGUUAGCUCCUGUCGAUCCACUUGGACACAAUUAUGGAAUAUACACUGUCACUGACCAGAACCCACGCGUUGCUAAAGAGAUUGCCAUUGGCCGCUGCUUUGAUGGAACUUCAGAUGGUUUUUCCAGGGAGAUGAAGUCAGAUUCUGGAGUGGCACUGACGUUCAGCUGCCCUAAAAGAACUGUGAAUCGUGAGAGCUUAUUCCAGCGCUUGCAAACAAAUCCUGGCCUAACACUAACACAGAUGGCACGGGAGAUGAGGGAGUCACAGGGACUGCAAGUCAGAAGAGGGUCAACCCAAAUGGUGGCCUACCCUUUUGGCCAGCAGGGCAGGAGCCAGAACCGCGGAGCCACGAACAAUAACAGAAGGAGACCAGCUACUAGGACAGAACCAAGACAGUAGAUCUUUCUUUAGGUUUUUUGGGUUGAAGAGAGUGAAGAAAAAAAGACUAAAAAAAACCUGCUAUGGAAAUCCCAAACUUGGCCAGCCGGGUGAUAU